AUGGCUGUUUCAGACAAGUUUCAAAGAGGGCCUUUGGUCCCAAACUUCCUUUAUUCGCCUUCUUCUUCUGUUUCAAACAGAUUGAUUGGUUUGGAGAACCCUUUUUUGAUGGCUAAUUCUUCAUCAUCAUUUGUUGCAGCUGAACCAGCAAAAUUGGGAAUGGUAGGGGUUAAAAAUGGUGUGGUGAUUCCAGCACCAAAUGAGCCUGCUAGAAAGAUUAAGAUGUUUUCGCCGGCUUUCUAUGCCGCUUGCACUGCUGGAGGAAUGCUCAGUUGUGGGCUAACUCAUAUGGCUGUCACCCCACUUGAUCUUGUCAAGUGUAACAUGCAGAUUGAUCCAGUGAAGUACAAGAGUGUUAGCUCUGGCUUUGGAAUUCUGCUCAAGGAGCAGGGCGUCCGAGGUUUCUUUAGGGGUUGGGUGCCUACCCUUCUUGGAUAUAGUGGACAGGGAGCUUGCAAAUUCGGGUUCUACGAGUUCUUCAAGAAGUACUACUCAGAUAUUGCUGGUGCUGAGAAUGCAGUCAAGUAUAAGACUUUGAUCUAUCUUGCUGGUUCAGCCUCAGCCGAAGUGAUUGCUGAUGUCGUCCUUUGCCCAUUCGAGGCUGUUAAGGUUCGUGUUCAGACUCAACCUGGAUUCGCCCGAGGCUUGUCUGAUGGACUCCCUAAGUUUGUUAAGGCUGAAGGUGCCCUUGGGCUCUACAAGGGGCUUGUUCCGCUCUGGGGACGGCAAAUUCCAUACACAAUGAUGAAGUUUGCAUCAUUUGAGACUAUAGUGGAAAUGAUGUACAAGUAUGCCAUUCCGGUUCCUAAAGAUCAGUGCAGCAAAACUACCCAGCUUGGUGUGAGCUUCGCCGGUGGAUAUGUGGCUGGUGUAUUCUGUGCCGUUGUGUCACAUCCAGCUGAUAACCUCGUUUCUUUCCUCAACAAUGCCAAGGGUGCGACUGUUGGUGAUGCUGUGAAGAACCUUGGCGUAUGGGGACUGUUUACUCGCGGGCUUCCUCUUCGUAUAGUCAUGAUUGGUACCCUUACCGGAGCACAAUGGGGUAUCUAUGAUGCUUUCAAAGUUUUUGUUGGACUACCGACAACUGGUGGUGCUGCUCCUCCGGCACCGGCAAAAGCAUAA